UGUUGUUCUCUGGUACCCUGUGUUCUAAUACGCAACUAGUAUAAUAAAUAGUGCAAUUAUUUGCGGUGCCAGACUAAAGUUCAGUAGUUAAAUGCCUAUAUCACUCACUGAUUGCAUGACAAAGUUCAUCUCGCCACAACUUAUUAGAAAGUUACAUUCUUUUACAUAACAAUUAUAUUUUUUGUGCAGUGACUCAAAUAGUUGAAUAAUAUGCAAACUUUACGACGCGUUAUUUGUAAACUUUGUGCCUCCUCUUCUGUUUCUACACAAAGAAUACGUCAGUUGAGCUCUGUGCAAGAAAUUACAGAACAUUCUUUGGCUGAGGUCGAGGAUGAGGAGGAGACAGGCAACCAUGGCAACAAGAAGAAGAAGAAAAUGCAAAGAAACCGGUUACUGCAGCGACCUGAUGAAAGCAUCUUUGCCUCUCAUGGGUUCCCGCAGUUUGAGAAUAUGACAAAAGAUGAAUUUGCAAAACACAUUGCAGACAGCCGGGUGUACAAUCAUGAUGGGGUCAUCGGAUUAAACAAACCAGCUGGUAUCCAUGUGACGGGAACCAGUGAGAAUCAAAUGAACAUCGUUGGGGUAAUUCCGGAGGUCAUGGAAGCUGUUGGUAAACCAGCAGGAGAGAUUGCCAAAGCAGCUGACAGAGAAUCUUCAGGUUUGAUUCUGCUCGGCGAGACUAAAGAGGUUGCAAGAAAAAUCAACGAUGCAUUCAUCAAUGCUAGGAAGAGAAACCAGAUGGUCAGAAAAUAUUGGACUGUAGCUCUCGGCAUACCAACACCUGCAGAAGGAACUAUCAAUAUUCCAAUUGGUCCGGAGCAAAUUGGCAAUCAGACAUUGAUGGUGCCCAAAAUGGACCCAUCAAUGGGUAGCUUUGAUCGGAAGGAGACGCUUCGAUGUAAGACAGACUAUAAAGUGCUAUCAGCCAAUCAUCAUCUCAACUGCUCCCUCAUUGAACUUCAACCUCUUAAAUUGCAGAAACAUCAGUUGCAAGUCCACCUCAUCAGCAAACUUUGCAGCAUUCUUGGUGAUCGGACCUACUCCAAUCAUAUUCAACACGUCCUUGGUGUGCGUCUGCUUGUCGAUCCCCAUCAUGUUACCAUGGGAACACAGGAUAUACCUGACCCCAUCAAGACUGUGCUCCACUUGAGAACGUGGCACAUGUCACGGUUACCAUUGUUUCUCCACUGGUACCAGGCAACCCUUCCAAAGUGGACUCAAACAAAAGACUUGAUCAUUACCGCUCCGCCCCCGCCUUAUUUCAUGGAAGCUUUACAACGUCUGGACUUGUGCAACCAAACAUUGGAGGACGGAUGUUGAUACCUCCGGCGGACGAAACAAAGGAAAACAACCUCAACCUAGGGCCAAGUUCAGGCAAGAACUAUCGCUGACUGAAGUUCAACUAAGCUAGCCCAAACUCUGUUUAGUGGACAGUAGUUGGACUUUGCUAGCAGACGAUUUUGAUUCAGGGGUUCGAUUCCCACCCGAGUAAUAUGCCUGUGAUGUUUUUUCACCGGAUUCGGGGAAGU